CAUAAUAAGGGUUACUUCGUUAGUGUUAUAGGGGUUACUCGGGCAGUUUUAUAGGAGUUACUUCAUUAGUUUAUAGGGGUGUUAUAAGGGUUACUCGAUAAGUGUUAUAGGGGUUAUUUGGUGAGUGUUAUAGGGGUUACCCAUACAAUGUUAAUGAAGUUACUUUUUUCACUUACAAUCGGCCACAUGAUAUAACCAACCUCACACAGGACGAACUGAAAAGAUAUAAUCACAUAAAUAAUUGAACAUGUUACAUUCCCUCAAUCCAAUCCGAUCCAUUGACACACGUUUCCCAAUCCUCAAACCCACGGACAUUCCAUCAUAUAGGCCCAAUACAACACAUUAAUUGAUUAGAGGUCAAACAAAAUAAAGAAAUCAAAGGAGUAGCGAAAAACUGCUCAACACGUCGUCAACGACUAAACGAAGAAAGAAGAAAGACAAAAACAAAAACAAAGAAUGUCCCGCACAAAAAUAACUACCUCUCUAACACCCCGCCUUAUUUCUCGUUUCUCCUCAUUUCUCUCUCUCUCUUUUUUUUCUCUCUCCUAAAAAUUCCGCCAUUGUUACCCAUUCUUCCUAACACAAAACCUUCGCCGAAUUUUUCAACAAUGUCGGCGUCGGAAUUUGACUUCGCCGCCGUUCGCGCCCAAAAAGGAGCCGGUGAUUAUAAGAAUUUCCGCAUGAUAAGCCGUGACCGGUUAUUAUACGAGAUGCUUCAAUCAACUUCCAGUGAAUCAAAAUCAUGGAAGGUAUUGAUCAUGGACAAAGUCACUGUCAAGGUUAUGUCAUCGUCAUGCAAGAUGGCUGAUAUCACUGAUCAGGGGAUUUCAUUGGUAGAAGAUCUAUUCAGAAGAAGGCAGCCUCUUCCCUCUCUGGAUGCUAUUUAUUUCAUUCAGCCGACAAAGGAAAACAUAGUCAUGUUCUUGUCUGACAUGUCAGGAAGAGAACCUCUGUACAAGAAGGCAUUUGUAUUUUUCUGCCAACCUGUUCCGAAGGAAUUAGUUAAUCACAUCAAGAGCGAUAUGAGCGUGGUACCCCGUAUAGGUGCUUUAAGAGAGAUGAAUUUGGAAUUCUUCCCGGUGGAUAGCCAGGUGUUUGUUACUGAACAUGAUUCAGCUUUGGAGGAUUUUAUUGGAGAAAAUUCGCAAAAUACCCGGAAAUUUGAUGCUUGUAUGAAUUCAUUAGCAGUCCGCAUUGCAACUGUCUUUGCUUCAUUAAAGGAGCUCCCCUAUGUACGGUUUCAAACUGCAAAGGAUCCUGAUACAGCAUCUUCACAUGAAUUAAUACCCUCAAAGCUUGCUUCAGCAGUUUGGGACCGUCUGAAGUUAUAUAAAUCCACAAUUCCCAAUUUUCCCCAAAAAGAAACAUGCGAGUUACUUAUCCUGGACAGAGGUGUUGAUCAGAUUGCUCCAGUGAUACAUGAGUGGACGUAUGAUGCCAUGUGUCAUGACUUGCUGGAAAUGGAAGGGGACAAAUUGGUGCUUGAGGUUACUAACAAAACAACUGGUCAGCCUGAGAAAAAGGAAGUUCUUUUGGUAGACAGUGAUCCUGUAUGGCUAGAAAUCCGCCAUUUGCAUAUUGCAGAAGCUAGUGAACGGCUGCAUGACAAAAUGACCAACUUCGCAUCAAAGAACAAAGCUGCAACACUGAGUCAAGCCUCAAGAGAUGGAGCAGAGCUUUCUACACGAGAUUUGCAAAAGAUGGUUCAAGCUUUGCCACAGUACACUGAACAAAUGGAGAAACUUUCUUUGCAUGUUGAGAUUGCUGGAAAAAUAAAUCAAAUUAUAAGAGAUAUGGGGCUUCGAGAACUUGGGCAGCUGGAACAGGAUAUAGUCUUUGGAGAUGCAGGAACGAAGGAGAUCAUCACCUUUUUAAGGGCACAUCAGGAUGCUUCUUCUGAGAAUAAACUGCGGUUGUUGAUGAUUUAUGCAUGCGUGCACCCUGAUAAAUUUGAAGGAGACAAGGCCUCAAAGAUAAUGCAGUUAGCCAAGUUGUCGGCAGAGGAUGUGAAGGCUGUAAAAAAUAUGAGACUGCUUGCUGGAUCAUCAAUCAUUAAGAAGAAAACAAGUGGAAGUUUCUCUCUAACAUUUGAUGGUCAGAGGAAGAAAAUUGCUGCUAGAAAAGAUAGAACCAAUUCAGAGGAGGAAACUUGGGCAUUAUCCAAAUUUUAUCCUAUUCUAGAGGAACUCCUAGAGAAUGUGCACAAAGGUGAGUUGUCAAAGAAUGAUUAUCAAUACAUUAAUGAGCCAACUCCAAUCAACAGAGAACGCAAUCAAACUCAGAGUGUUUCUGCCAGCACAACCACGACAACUGGUCCACGUUCGAUGAGGUCAAGACGAACUGCAACAUGGGCUCGCCCUCAUAGUUCUGAAGAUGGAAGCGGUGACUCGGUAUUGAGAAAUUCGCCCAAUGAUUUUAAGAUGAUGGGAUCACGUAUUUUCAUAUUUAUCCUUGGAGGAGCUACUAGAUCUGAGAUACGAACUUGUUACAAACUCACUACAAAACUUAGGAGGGAAAUUGUACUUGGUGCAACGAGUAUAGAUGAUCCUCCAAAAUAUAUUACGAAGCUCAAGCAAUUCACAGGAAAAGGUCUCUCUCUAGACGGCCUUAGAAUUUGAGCACCUUCCUUCAGCAGUUUCAAGAAGCGACAAAGAUGCUUAUGUUAUGAAUGAUCAUCAAUAUAUUGUAGCCAUUUUGUUCUGCUGCUUUCCUCCAGCAACUGUAAAAAGCAGUUCUUACAGCAUAAUAGCUGCUGCAUCAACACUGUAGAGGCUGAUUUUCAGAUUAGCACAGGUAGAGACUAAGGAUGUUAAUUCUUUCUAAUAUUCUCUCUUCCAUUUUAGUGGAAGUAAAGUACAUCAGGUAUUAGAAAAAAUCAACAUACUAGUGAUGUUAAAGAACUACACUAACAUUCAUUGUAAGGAAAUAGUAGGCAACUUUAUUAGAAAAGUGUUGUAAAACAGUAUUACAAUAUUACAUCAUCAAAAAUCUGUCUCUCAGGAUCACUUAAUUAAGAGUGCCAGAGAUCAAAACAUUUUUGCAGCUGUGUAUUUAACUGGUAUUUUUAA